AUGAAACAGCUGAUCAAGUUGGAGAUCAAGCUAGCAGCCCGCAACCAGAUCACUAGGGAACUCCAGGUACUAAACUACUGCAACUCUCCAUACAUCGUUGGCUACUAUGGUUCAUUUCUUAGCGGUGGUGAACUGAGUAUUUGCAUGGAGUACAUGGAUGGUGGGUCGUUGGAUCUCAUACAGAAAAAGAUAGGCAGGAUACCUGAACCCAUUCUUGGAAUGAUUAGUGUUUCUGUUUUAAAAGGUUUGAGCUACUUAAGGAAAGAGCAUCAGAUCAUACACAGAGAUGUGAAACCAUCGAACAUUCUGGUGAAUACGAGAGGAGAGAUAAAGUUGUGUGACUUUGGUGUCAGUGGUGAGCUGAUUGACUCCCUGGCCAACUCGUUUGUCGGUACGCGGUCAUAUAUGUCGCCUGAACGGCUACAGGGCGUGCAGUACUCAGUGCAGAGUGAUGUAUGGAGCAUGGGACUCUCCCUGGUCGAGAUGGCCCUCGGUAGGUACCCCAUACCCCCCCUCACCAACGAAGAGAUUCAGUUGAUCUUCAGGGACAGCAAGUACGAAGACCACAUGAAGGCUGCCCUCACUGGCAAGCCACUCUCGUCAUACGAAGAACCACAGAUGUCCAUAUUUGAACUGCUGGAUUACAUUGUCAACGAGCCUCCGCCCUCCCUACCUUCCGGCUACUUCUCAGAAGAGUUCCAAGACUUUGUGUCCUGCUUUUUAAAAAAGAUACCUUCCGAAAGAUCCGAUCUUCAAUCCUUGAUGAAGCACACGUUCGUGAGGAAGACGGAGGAUGAGUAUGAGAAGAAGAUCAACUUCGCCAACUGGGUCACGCAGACCGUCAACAUUGGCAACUCUUGA